AUGGAUCUGAUGAUGGAUCACAUCGCUGAUCAUCUACAAGUUUUGGCCUUGCUCACGCUGCGGCUAUCAACGGAAAAUCUCGCGGAUGGAGAGAUACAUGCUAUUUCCAGUUCCCAAGCUCCGAGCGAUGAACAAGGUUCUGGGAAAAGGGGCAGCCUAGACGGCGAAUCCGAAAUAUUCUUCGAGGAAGAUAUGAUCCAGGAAAUAGAUCAGGAUGCGUCCCUAGUCGAGAUGUCCCAAAUUGAUGUAACAAUUCCAGAUGUAACGUGGCCAGAGGACGAAUGGACCGCGACGCGUCUCAAAGACCUCCGCGAAGAAACAAGUUCUCCUGAUCCAAUCCUAUUACACCUCUGCAAACGCCAAUUCGCGCGUCCUACCAAAUGGGCUCUACUUAUUGCCUGCCCAUACGGGAAACUUGAAGGGCCGAUAAACGAUGUCAAAUCCAUGCACGCACUACUGGAACGACAUGGAUUUGAAGUUGUUCUAUGCUGUGGCAUUGAGGCAGUAAGAGAUACUAUUCUCAACUCCUGGAAUGAACUCAUCUCUAAAAUGAAGGAGGGCGAUACCGUUGUGGUAUAUUACUCUGGGUUUGGCGGUAUGGCUGAAUUGACAGAGGCUGAUGCUCGCGUCUGGGCAGGCUAUUUUAGGCAGUACCAGUUCAUUGUGCCGGUGGAUUAUAGCCCUGAUGUUUCUGGGCAAUUCCGCGGUAUCCUCGAUGUCGAGAUAUCGGCACUGGUACGACGGACAACCGAUAUAACUGAAAAUGUGACCAUCAUUUUCGACUGCGGCCACUCUGGACGUAUAGCACGCGAUCCAUGGCAUAACGGAACUGCGGUGCCUAAAAAUUUACCUCAUGUGUAUCACAAGGAACUCUUUAAACACCUCCAAUGGCUCCGAAGUCAAGGGAUCGACGUUCAGAAUUAUGGAGGCCUAGAGAGAAACAAGCUCGCCGUUAGAGUUGUCGCAGCGGCAGACUCAGAGACGUCGUGGGAAUACGUUGAUGAACAUGGGAGAAGCGGCGGUGCAUUAACCAAGGCUUUAGUCCCGAUAUUAGAUCAGGCGUUAAAGGCGAAUGCAUCCUGGAAAGAUGUUAUAGCAAGGGUGUGCGAGCAAGUAAAUUGCAGGUUUCCUCGGCAGAAUCCCCAGGCUGAGGGACCGCACAUACGCCUAAUAUUUUCUACGGCUACAACAAACUCAUCUCCUAUUAAUGUUACAGAAGAAGACGGAGAUAGUUUUAUACGGUGGCCUGCUGCCUUUCCUAAUGAGCUCGAGCCGUUCAUGGGGCGGCUGGUCGAAUCAAGAUUCCUCAAGCCUAUUGAGAAAGAGAAUGAUCCGAUAGUAUUCGCUCAUAUUCGCAAAUGCGAGAAUUCUAUCUGCGUGUAUAACGCGUCAGAGUUUAAGUACGGAUCAUUCAUUUUCGAGUCAAAGGGGCGGAUGCAAGACUCAGUGGAGAGAGCAAUUGAGCUUGCUGAGCGUUUUGCUCGAGCGAAUCGUAUUUUUACGCUAAGAGCAUCCAACGAAGAGAUGCUUGAGCACGAACUUCAUGUCAACCUCCUGAAUGUAUCCAAUUCGACCCGUGGGCAUCCCAUCCCGCUAGAUGGGACGGGCGAGAUUGCAGUCGGUGAUAAGGUAUACGUCGACUUGUCCAAUCCAGGGGCGAAACCUAUUUUUGUAACAGUGUUCAAAAUCAGCGUGGUGGGGGAAGUCGUCCAUUUGUCUCGCAAGUCCCCUUACGGAAUCCGACUUCUUCCGUCACAAGAACGCUACGAGCACACACUCGAGCAACGGCCAUGCUCAAGUAAACGACUAGAUGCAUAUAUGACCUGGCCUAAAGGACUGCCUAAAGACCUUCAAGGACCAAUCCCCGAGUCGUUUGUUUGCAUUGUAACGGACAGGCCGACAGACUUACGCGACUUGGCCUUGCAGAGGCCUGAGAAUCGUAGCGGGAGUGCGUCAUCUUUACUUGAGAAACGUGCAUAUCAACUAGCCUAUGGAGAAUCUCGAGGUAUUUCCGCAGAAGAUCAUAGUCGAGAGAGGGAUUAUGGAGUACUCAAGUAG